AAUCCAUAAGAUAACUUCAAACUUUUUGAAAGAAACUCUGAAGAGCGUUUUAGAAAAGGAAAAAAUCAUGGCUUCUCGUAUGUUGUUUUCUUCUAAAAAGAGCAUGGCUUCGGGCAGUGGAAAGGCUAAAGUUACUCGUUACAUUAACACUGGCUAUGGAGACACAGAAGCAGUUACUGUGAAUCCUACAGAAAAGCAUCAAGCCACAAUUGUGUGGCUUCAUGAUCUCAACGGAACUGGCUAUGAAGCCUCUGAUUUUGUAAAGAGUUUCUCGCUUUACAAUGUUAAGUGGAUCUGUCCCAAUGCUCCUUCGAUCUCCGACAUGGGUUUUUAUGGAGAACCAGCAAGGGCAUGGUUCAAGGUCAAUGGAUUGAGUACUAGUGGCCCGCUUGACCCCUACGAGAUAGAUGAUUUAAAGAAUGCAACUGCAUAUGUUGCCAGGCUUUUGAAGAAUGAACCAGAACAUGUGAUGAAGGGCGUAGCAGGUUACGGUAUUGGUGGAGCACUAGUUCUCCACAUAGCGACUUGCUGUGCACUUGGAAGUUUCCCAAUUAAAAUACGAGCUGUAGUUGGGAUAAACUGCUGGCUUCCCAAUAGAUUCAAGUUAGAAGAUCAGAUGAAUUCUACAACUGGGGCUACAUCGCGUGCUGCAGAGCUUCCGAUCUUAAUUACGCAUGGAUAUAAUGAUAAAAUGGUUCCUUUCGGAACUGGAGGCUUAUCUUCUGACAUACUUUUCAAGGUUGGAUUUAUACGAAGGAAGCUAAAAAUAAUCCACAUGUGUGACCAUGCAAUCAAUUUCCAGGUAAUGACCGAUGUCAGUCUCUGGUUGACAAAGAAGUUCGAGCUGGAGGGAGAGCCAGAUGAAGAUCCUGCAGUAUAAUUGUUUAGCAGAACACUAAAAUAAUAAGACUUAAGGGUUGACUUAAAGCUUAUAUUUUAAAAUCUAAGAAAAAUACUAUAAUGCGAGCGUAUGACUUAUAAGUUAAUUUAAAGGGUUGUUUUAUGUUCUUUCUAAUUAAUAUUCCUUUCUUUGUAGUUUUGUCAUUUAUCUUCUUCGUUUGUCCUUUUUCUCUGUUGUUGGAUUCU